GCGGCGGCGGUGGCGGCGGCGGUGGUAGCAGCAGCUGGAGGAGGAGCAUGUCGGACGGUUUUGACCGGGCCCCAGGUGCUGGUCGGGGCCAGGGCCGGGGCCGGGGCCGAGGAAGCGGAGGGGGCGGGCCUGAGGGCGUCGGUUUUCGCGGCGGAGGCGGUGGCGGCAGCGGCAGUGGGACCGCUGAGCCUGGCGAGCGGCCGCGGCCGCAGCAGCCCCCGCCCCCCGAGCCGCUGAGGCCGCCCAAGACGUCCCCUCCGCCUGGGGCCCUGCCUGAGCUCCCGGCCGCCCCCGACCGGUCGUCCCCGGGCGGGCCUCCCGCAGAACAUCCGAAGCCUACGAGAGCUCCACCUAGUUCUCAGGAUAAAAUCUCCCCGCGUACUACGGCGAUGGCUAAACCCCAGGUGGUUGUAGCACCUGUGCUGAUGUCGAAGUUGUCUGUGAAUGCUCCGGAAUUUUAUCCGUCAGGUUACACUUCUAAUUUUACAGAUUCUUCCUAUGAAGAUGGAUGUGAUGGUUAUCCUACUCUUACAGAAUAUGUACAGGAGUUUUUGAAUCAUCUUACAGAACAGCCAGGAAGUUUUGAAACUGAAAUCGAUCAAUUUGCAGAGACUCUUAAAGGCUGGGUCACUACUGAUGAUGCUUUACUAGACCUUGUGGAACUCAUCUACCAACAGGCCACAACUGUACCACAUUUCUCUUACAUGGGAGCAAGGCUGUGUAAUUAUUUGUCUCAUCAUCUAACCAUUAGUCCACAAAGUGGAAAUUUCCGGCAGUUACUACUUAAAAGAUGUCGAACUGAGUAUGAAAACAAAGAUCAGGCUGCAAAAGGAGAUGAAGCUACCAGAAAACGAUUUCAUUCCUUUGUACUUUUCUUGGGUGAACUUUACCUUAAUUUGGAGAUUAAAGGAACAAAGGGGCAGGUCACAAGAGCAGAUAUUCUUCAGGUUGGUCUUCGAGAAUUACUGAAUGCCCUUUUUUCUAAUCCUGUGGACAACAAUUUAAUCUGUGCAGUAAAACUACUGAAGUUGACAGGGUCAGUUUUGGAAGAUGCAUGGAAGGAAAAAGGAAAGACAGAUAUGGACGAAGUGAUUCAGAGAAUUGAAAAUGUUGUCCUAGAUGCAAAUUGCAGCAGAGAUGUAAAACAGAUGCUUUUGAAGCUAGUAGAACUCCGAUCAAGUAACUGGGGUAGAGUUCAUGCCACUUCAACAUAUAGAGAAGCAACACCUGAAAAUGAUCCUAAUUAUUUUAUGAAUGAACCUACAUUUUAUACAUCUGAUGGCAUUCCUUUUACUGCUGCUGAUCCAGAUUAUCAAGAAAAGUAUCAGGAGUUACUUGACAGAGAGAUUUUUUUCCCAGAUUAUGAGGAAAAUGGAACAGACUUAUCAGGGGCUGGAGAUCCGUAUGUUUCAUUUGUAGCUGAUAUUUUUUUCUAUAAAACAUCUCUCUAUGGCAGAGCUUUCUUAAAAUAUUCCAUCACUCUUAUGAAAAGCUUUUUCCUAGAUGAAUUUGUGGUCAAAAAAUUAGAUGUUGAGGGGCCAUAUAUUUUGAUUACUUAGAUAUUGUAUUUGUUCCCUGGUAUUAGAUACGUGACAAUUUUAAAAAAUUUAAGUUUAGUAAUUAUCAACUAAAAACAAACUGUAUAAAACUGUAAAUAUGUGCUGUUUACAGUUUGUCUCAGAAAGUAACUUUAAAAGAUGAGAAACAUCUGCUUCUGUAUUCCCUUUAAAAUUUUGUUUGUAUUUUCAGAUUUUUACAUAGCUAUUACUAUUUAAAUAGUUUGAAGCAAAUACAUAUAUUAUUUUCAUUCUACUUUCUUUAAUUGCAUUAUUUCCUAUAAGGGUUUAUAUAUUUCUUUGAAUUGUUCAUGUUCAUAAUUUUUUAUGGUAAAAUAGUAAUACUUUAUGUUAAUAUGUCAGAAUUUUAUUUAGCCAGUUCUCAGCCAUUUGACUUAAUGUAUUUUCAGUUUUUUGCUAGCGCAGAUAAUGCUGCUAAAAAGAUUUUUGUACAAAGAAGUCUUAUCUUAAUAGUGUUAAUUAAAGUAUAUUCCUAGUAGUGAGGUCAGUGAAUCGAAUAAUAUCAACAGUUUUGUAGUUACUAUAUUGUGGCAGUACUUUUAUUUAUUUAUAAAAAAAGAAAAUGUUUCCUCAGUAUCAUGAUGCUUAAAACAUGAGUCCCUCCAAAAGUAUUCUUUCUAGAACAUUGUAUUUCUGUACUUAAUACUUUUAAAAUUGUAUAAAUAAUUGCACAGAAUUAAUGUCUUGCACUUAAAAUAAACCCAUAGUGUUUAUUCUGAGUAAUCUCGAUAUAAAAAGCAUCUGUUAUUAUUAGUGUCUUUAUGUAGGAAUAUAUUAGGUAAAUCUUAGGAGUUAGAUACAGAUUACACAGUUGUUUACAGGGGUAGAAUUUGAAUAAUACUGUGCUAUAGCGUGGAUAUACUUUAAGCCUUGGUGUGAAGGUUAGAUUUUUGAAGUUAAAAUCAAUAUUAAGCAUUAUAUAGUAGAGUGCAGGAAUCAAGAGAUGAGUUUUAACCCUACUCUGAUACUAAGAGGUUAAUGUGUCCUUGGCCAAGUCAUUGUACCUCUCUCCUGCCCUCAGUUUAUUGGUUUGAACCAGUGGAUGCUCUAAGAUGCUCUCUAAGGUUUCUUCUUACCCUAGAAGUCUGAUUCUAAGUAAAUAUCAUAUGUAGUUCAUUUAUAUAUCAUUAAUGGAAUGGUCUUUUUAAUGGGAUUUAAAUUCUGAUAAGUACUAAAUUCUAAAGCAUCAUUAAAAGUCAAAUGGCAGAGCCAAACUGAUAAGAUAUUGUAACUCUAGAAUUCUGUGUUUGGAAUAGUAGUUUAUACUAUAUAUAUAGGAUUAGUUUUUAAAAAUAGGCUGCCAGAGGGAGAAUUUUUGAUAAAAUAUCUUAAGUUGACAUAGUUUAGGUUUUACAUGAAUCUGAAAUGAGAACUUCAGGAAGUAGAUAACCAACUGUUUCAGUGUCUUAGAAUUGAAGCAGCUACUUUCUGAAUAAAUGAUAGGUACAUAAAUAAUUUAGAAUCAUCAUUGCUUCUUUUACAGAUACUUGGAUGACAUUGAUGAUGAGAUGGACCCAGAAAUAGAAGAAGCCUAUGAAAAAUUUUGCUUAGAAUCAGAGCGUAAGAGAAAACAGUAAAGUUAGAUAAAAAGAUAUUAUCUUUAUAAGGCAGUUUAGGUAUAAUGAUUAGCAAAAACAGAAGGAAGCAAGGAAACAUGUCACAUUUAUACCAAAUUAAGGAUGUUGAGUUUAAGUUACUAAUGUAUGCAACUUUAAUUUUGUUUUAACAAUAUCUGCCAAAAAAAAAAAAAGUAAACUUAUUUCCUAUAACUUAAAUUGUGUAAAUAUAUCAUAGUUUAUUAUGUACAUAUUAUGAACUGUUUUGGCUGCAAUAAAAUUUAUUUGAAAUAAGUGACAUGUUGAAAGAAGAUUUUACUGAUUUAGAAGCUUAUCUUACUAAAAUACUAUUUUCCGUAAGAAAAAAUAAACCUUAGCUUAUACAUUACUACAUAAAUGUAGCACCCUCUUAGUAGCUAUGAAUAAUACAAUUUUAGGUUAAGAAGUAUCCACUAACAAAUUGGGUCUCAAAUAUGAGUCAUAAUCAUGAAAAAAGCUUUAGCAUUCAGAGUUUGAAAUCGUUCUAACAACUAAUGUUACAUAUGCAAACAAAAUACUACUUACCAGGGUCUUUAAAGAUUAGUUUGUGGAAGAAAAUUGAUAGCUAAAGCAUUUUAUAGGAGAAAGCUCAAACAACCAUAGUGUUAAUGUGAUAAAAAAAAAAAAAAACAAAAACAAAGUCAAGCAUACAUUUUCGGCUACUUUGGCAGCUUUUUUUUUUUCUUUUUAGAUAUACAAGUUUAAUUUUUUCACAUCACUAACUUGAUUAUCCUCUAUAAAAGAACUGGAAAUUUUUAUUUAAUUUAUGUGACUUCCUCAAUUUUAUUUUGUAGUUUUGAAGAUUUUGUACUUCGGAAUUUUAACAGGCUUAUUCAUCUACUACAUCUAUAAUUCCGUGUGUUUGUUUUUUUUUUUUUUUCCUGCUUUAUAAUUUUUAAAGAGUCAUUUUUUUUUUCCUGAUAUUCUUUUAUUUCAGUUUGGUUCUGUACUGAUAAGUAAUUUAAGUAAAUUGCCUACCAAACUUGAAACCUGUACUUAUUUCCAACUUCCCAUAAGUAGGUAAAAAACAAAAACUGAUGUAUAAAAAAAUUGUAAAUAUGCAUGUAAAUAGUACUGUUAAUAAUGCACUGUAACACAUUUGGAACCUUUAUUUGUGUCAGUUAAUACAGUUAGAUUUCUGACUAAAUUUUCUGCCUGUUUAUUUGUUGGAUAUACUAGUUUAAAAUGAAUUUUUUUUUUUAAAUAAAAAAGUUUGGGUUUCUUUAAAUGAAGUUUUGUAGUGGUUGCCAGGUUUUGUUUUGUUUUUAUUUUAAAUUGCUUUAAAAGAGCUUGUCCCACAUGUGACAUCUGUUGGAAUAAGUAAGAUUCUCAGAUCUAAUAUUUGACUAUAUUGACCAAAAAAGAAAUAAAUUUAUUUUUUUCCUUA